GGCCAGCCAGCGCCGGGGCCCGGGGGCAGGGAGCCGCUGGCCAGGGGAAGCAGCUGACUCUGGUUCCCACACCUCCGCCCUAGCAGCCGGGGAGGAGCCUGGCCGCCCCAGGCGGGCGGAGCAGCCUAUCCCGCAGCGAGCGGCGGAGGCAGGCGGCAGCGACUGCCCUAGGUCCCCUCGGCGCUCGCUCCCCGGCCGGCCAGGCGCCUCUCCGUCCUGUCCCCGCUGGCCGGCAGGCAGCGCGCUGCGCGGGGGUCGCCGCGGGUCCCGGCGGGGAAGUGACACGCAGGGGCUUUAAUCAUGAGCAACCCUUUUGCAUGGAUUGCAGAGCCGCUAAACCCCAACCAGCCUGCGAAGAAGUUCUUCAAUCUGAACAAAUUGGGAGAUGCGAGAUACGGACGUUUGCCAUUUUCUAUCAGGGUUCUCCUGGAGGCAGCCGUCCGCAACUGUGACGAGUUCCUAGUGAAGAAGGAAGAUGUUGAGAAUAUCCUCAACUGGAAUGUGAUGCAGAGCAAGAAUGUCGAAGUGCCAUUUAAUCCUGCACGAGUUAUUCUGCAGGAUUUAACGGGCGUACCUGCAGUGGUUGACUUUGCUGCAAUGCGUGAUGCUGUGAAGAAACUGGGCGGAGACCCUGAAAAAAUUAAUCCCAUCUGUCCUGCUGAUCUAGUAAUUGAUCAUUCCAUCCAGGUGGAUUUUAACAGGAGGUCAGACAGUUUGCAGAAGAAUCAGGAGCUGGAGUUUGAAAGGAACAAAGAAAGAUUUGAGUUCUUAAAGUGGGGCUCCCAAGCUUUCCACAACAUGAAGAUUAUUCCUCCUGGCUCGGGAAUUGUCCACCAGGUGAAUUUAGAAUACUUGGCAAGAGUGGUGUUCGAUCAGAAUGGGUACUAUUAUCCAGACAGCCUGGUAGGCACUGAUUCGCACACUACAAUGAUUGAUGGUCUGGGAGUGCUGGGCUGGGGUGUUGGUGGCAUUGAAGCAGAAGCGGUGAUGCUGGGCCAGCCAAUCAGCAUGGUGCUUCCUAAAGUGAUUGGUUACAAGUUAAUGGGAAAUCCUCAUCCCCUGGUAACAUCCACAGACAUAGUGCUCACCGUUACCAAGCAUCUUCGCCAGGUCGGGGUGGUGGGUAAGUUUGUGGAAUUCUUUGGGCCUGGCGUAGCCCAACUGUCAAUUGCUGAUCGAGCCACCAUUGCCAAUAUGUGCCCUGAAUAUGGAGCAACUGCAGCUUUCUUCCCAGUCGAUGAAGUCAGCAUCAGGUACCUGAUCCAAACGGGUCGUGAUGAAGAAAAAAUUAAGCACAUAAAGAAUUACCUUGUGGCUGUGGGGAUGUUUAGAGAUUUCAAUAACUCCGCUCAGGAUCCAGAUUUUACCCAGGUUGUGGAGCUGGAUCUGCAUACCGUCGUGCCUUGCUGUAGUGGGCCCAAAAGACCUCAGGACAAAGUAGCUGUGUCAGAAAUGAAGAAGGACUUUGAGACCUGCCUGGGAGCCAAGCAAGGUUUCAAAGGAUUCAGUGUCGCCCCGGAACGUCACGGUGACCGUGUGAAGUUUGUUCAUAACGGCUCUGACUUUGAGCUCACCCAUGGUUCGGUGGUGAUUGCUGCCAUUACCAGCUGUACUAAUACCAGCAACCCCUCAGUUAUGUUAGGAGCUGGAUUGCUUGCAAAGAAAGCUGUUGAUGCCGGUCUGACUGUGAAGCCAUACAUUAAAACCAGCUUGUCCCCAGGCAGUGGGGUUGUCACUUACUAUCUGAGGGAGAGUGGAGUUAUGCCUUACCUUGCUCAGCUAGGGUUUGAUGUGGUGGGUUACGGGUGUAUGACCUGCAUUGGGAACAGUGGACCUCUACCAGAGGCUGUUGCAGAAGCCAUCACUCAGGGAGACCUCAUAGCGGUGGGCGUGUUGUCCGGAAACAGGAAUUUUGAGGGACGCAUCCAUCCCAAUACUCGUGCCAACUACCUUGCCUCCCCGCCACUGGUAAUAGCCUAUGCUAUCGCGGGGACCAUAAGGAUUGACUUUGAGAUAGAACCUUUAGGAGUAAAUGCAGAAGGGAAGGAAAUUUUCCUAAAAGACCUCUGGCCAACAAGAGACGAGAUCCAGGCCGUUGAACGGCAGUACGUCAUUCCAGGGAUGUUUAAAGAAGUCUACCAGAAAAUAGAGACAGUAAAUGAAUCCUGGAAUGCCUUAGAUGCGCCAUCAGAUACACUAUAUACUUGGAAUCCCAAAUCUACAUACAUUAAAUCACCCCCCUUCUUUGAGAACCUGACUUUGGAGCUUCAGCCCCCUAAAUCCAUAGUUGAUGCCUACGUGCUCUUAAAUUUGGGAGAUUCUGUAACAACUGACCACAUAUCCCCAGCUGGGAAUAUAGCAAGGAACAGCCCUGCUGCUCGUUAUUUAACCAGCAGAAGCUUGACUCCUAGAGAGUUCAACUCUUACGGCUCCCGCAGGGGUAACGACGCUGUCAUGGUCAGAGGAACGUUUGCAAACAUUCGCUUGUCAAACAAAUUCAUCAAUAAGCAGGCCCCCCAGACUAUCCACUUCCCUUCUGGAGAAACACUGGAUGUGUUUGAUGCAGCUGAGAGGUACAAGCAGGCAGGCCAUCCCCUCAUUGUGCUGACUGGCAAGGAGUAUGGCUCAGGAAGCUCCAGGGACUGGGCAGCAAAGGGCCCUUUUCUACUGGGAAUUAAAGCUAUUCUUGCUGAGAGCUAUGAGCGCAUCCACCGCAGUAACCUGGUAGGAAUGGGCGUGAUUCCCCUGCAGUAUCUGCCCGGAGAGGAUGCCGAGAGUCUAGGUCUCACAGGACGGGAACGUUACACAAUUGUCAUUCCUGAAGAACUUGCACCAAGGAUGAAAGUCCAGAUCAAGCUGGAUACAGGGAAAACCUUCCACGCCCUCAUGAGGUUUGACACGGAUGUGGAGCUCACUUAUUUCCGCAAUGGUGGCAUCCUGAACUACAUGAUCCGUAAAAUGGCGUCCUAAUUUAAAGCAACAGCAAGCAACUGUCCAGUUAGAAACCUGCCUUUGAUGGCCACAUGAAAAUGCCCAAUAAUCACGGAACUUAGAAGUCUAAACCAUGAAAUCAGUUGUUUCCUUGUGGACUGUAUUCCCCAGGGGCUUGUUUACAAAGGUAGAAUAUGUUCAGUUUCCUGACACAAUCAUUUAUUUUUCCCAAUUAAAUACCUGUUAUUUUUUUG